CACGUCCAGCGGCGUAGACAAAGGCGGGCGUGCGCACGCGCUUACGUAGGCCUGGGCCGGCGGCGGGCAGGGCAGGGCGGGAGCGGCAGGCGGCGAGGACUGCAGCCGAGCCUCACGGCCGCCCUGGCAGCAUGUAAACAACCUUUUGCCAAGAAUCCGGGUCACCGCUGAGAAGGGUGCCUUAAGGGAGAAGAAUAUCAGAGGACACCAAUGCCAGGCGUGUCUGGAAUAGUGCUCGGUACAGUCAGCAUGAGACGUUCUGUGCCAGCCUCUGUUUGUUACUGGCAAAAGCUGGGGCUCUCCAGAUAGGAGGGUCCUGGAGCAGCCAGCACCGGGAGCCCCCCACAAGGGAGCAUGGGACUAGCUAUGAACUCUUUACAGUGAACUCAGUUUUACCUUAUGAAGGAAUUCUAAGUAAAAGUUACUUAAUUUCUGCAUACUGACAUUCAGAAGCCUUUGGUGUGACGUGCCAGCAAUUACUUUUGUCUACUGGAAUUAUCAGGAUUCUUCUGGCAUCAAGGUGAACUCUUCUUGGUACUUCUGGCAAUACAGACCUUUAGGACAAAUUCAUCUGCUGAAUGCUUUGGGGCAGGAAAAAAAGUAAAACCUUGGAAGCAGCCCACAUAGCUGAACAGAAAGCUCUCCCUUGCCACUCACUUGCCCGGAAACUUAGUAAGGACUCGGAUGCCGUUCCUGAAGCCUUGUCCUGCCUUGUUCACCACAGCUCUAUCUGUGCCAGGGAGACCUGGAAUUUCUGGGGUUCUCCUGUGGCUCAUUUCUACAACUCUGUAUUCAGACAGUUGGAUGACAUGAACUUUGAGAUGGAGUUUGUCACCCAUGUGGAACUGACUUCCUUUCCAAGGCUUGUUCUGUUGGAAGGGACCAUCUGAAGACGCGUUUGUGUGUAGAAAGGAGGGCACCGGCCUAACCUGCAUCCUCCACCAUGUUCCUGUUGCUGCCUUUUGAUAGCUUGAUUGUCAACCUUCUGGGCAUCUCCCUGACUGUCCUCUUCACCCUGCUACUUGUGUUCAUUAUAGUCCCUGCCAUUUUUGGAGUCUCCUUUGGUAUCCGAAAGCUCUACAUGAAAACAUUGUUAAAGAUCUUUGCGUGGGCUACCUUGAGAAUGGAGAGAGGAGCCAAGGAGAAGAACCACCAGCUUUACAAGCCCUACACCAACGGAAUCAUUGCAAAAGAUCCCACUUCUCUGGAAGAAGAAAUCAAAGAAAUUCGCCGAAGUGGUAGUAGCAAGGCUCUGGAUAAGACACCGGAGUUUGAGCUCUCUGACAUUUUCUACUUUUGCCGGAAAGGAAUGGAAACUAUUAUGGAUGACGAAGUGACAAAGAGAUUCUCUGCAGAGGAGUUGGAGUCUUGGAACUUGUUGAGCAGAACCAAUUACAACUUCCAAUAUAUAAGCCUCCGGCUUACCAUCCUCUGGGGUUUAGGAGUGCUGAUUCGGUAUUGCUUCCUUCUGCCACUCAGGAUUGCACUGGCAUUCACAGGGAUCAGCCUCUUGGUGGUGGGCACUACCAUGGUUGGAUAUCUGCCCAAUGGGAGGUUUAAGGAGUUUUUGAGUAAACAUGUUCACUUAAUGUGCUACCGGAUCUGUGUGCGAGCCCUGACAGCCAUCAUUACCUACCACAACAGGAAAAACAGACCAAGAAAUGGUGGCAUCUGUGUGGCUAAUCAUACAUCUCCCAUUGAUGUGAUCAUCUUGGCCAGCGAUGGCUACUAUGCCAUGGUGGGGCAAGUGCAUGGGGGCCUUAUGGGUGUGAUUCAAAGAGCCAUGGUCAAAGCCUGCCCACACAUCUGGUUUGAGCGUUCUGAAGUGAAAGAUCGCCACCUGGUGGCUAAGAGACUGACUGAGCACGUACAAGAUAAAAGUAAGCUGCCCAUCCUCAUCUUCCCAGAAGGAACCUGCAUCAAUAACACAUCAGUGAUGAUGUUCAAAAAGGGAAGCUUUGAAAUCGGAGCCACUGUUUACCCUGUUGCUAUCAAGUAUGACCCUCAGUUUGGUGACGCCUUCUGGAACAGCAGCAAGUACGGGAUGGUGACAUACUUGCUGAGAAUGAUGACCAGCUGGGCCAUUGUCUGCAGCGUUUGGUACCUGCCUCCUAUGACCAGAGAGAAAGAUGAAGAUGCCGUGCAGUUUGCUAACAGGGUGAAGUCUGCCAUUGCCCGGCAGGGAGGAUUGGUAGACCUUCUGUGGGAUGGUGGAUUGAAGAGAGAAAAAGUGAAGGACACAUUCAAGGAGGAGCAGCAGAAACUGUAUAGCAAGAUGAUUGUUGGUAACCAUGAGGACCGGAGCCGGUCCUGAACCUCUGCCUGGCCCUGGCUGGAGCUGCCACCUCUAAAUUCUGACAAGUGAGCCAGCUGGAGUUGUUGCUGCCACAACCUCUGCCACCAUCCCUGCCACCCACUGCUGCAUCUUCCAGACUCUGGCCCUCGGGCUGUUCUGGGCUCCAGGACUCCUGAGCUUCAUCAGAGCCCCAUGCGCUGCCUACUGUCCUCUAACCAGAAAGCUGCUAGCCGGGGCUCCCCAGGACAAAAUGCCUCUUGUUCCUUUAUAAUAAGCCUGUAAGAGGAAGACCAUUAAAGCAGCUCUGUGGUAUGCUAGCUGGUGGGAAGGCGGGCCCUGUUCUUGUCCUGAGAGAAUGUUGGGUGUUACUGUGUAGGGACAUACACAUGCUGGGGAAAGUCAGAAGAGACACUACUGAGGCAGGUGCCCAAACAACCUCCAGCCUGGGAGCUUUUAGAUGGGACAAGAAGAAAGCUAUCUACAGGAGUGUUAGUUCCGCUCAGCAGAUGGAGUUAUAAGUUCUUGUGUCUUGCUUACGAAGAUUAGCAGAGGAGAUAGGAAGAAGCCAGUGGGCCGCUGGCCAGCUAGCUAGCCCCAGGAAGAUUUGAUUCAGACUCCAGGCUGAGCCUGAGUCCCCCACAUGACUUGUCUAUUUACUGUGUCUCAGUUUCCCUGUCUGUUACAUGGAAUUGCCAAGGGUGGUGAUAACCUACCUCACAGGGUUGUUGUGGGGAUUCUAGUGCUAGUAUAUGUGAAGGAAAUGGAUGGUGGUCUCACAGGGACGGCUUCAUAGAAUGUGGCAGGACAAGGUCAGCACUCACAGCCGCUGCCCAGGAUUUUAAACUUGUUUUGUGAGUAAAUAAAACUGGAUGGUAAAUGAACUUAGGAACUUUGCCUUCACUCCCCGAGAAAUGUAUUUCUUGCCAGUUAACAGCGGUAGUACUUGAAAAUGACCCUGGCCUGCAGGGUCUGGAAUGAGGAUAGUAUUGCUCAGGAGAGGGUAACCUUUCAGAUUAGAUGUUUUCAUGUCUCUGUUUCUAGCUUUCUCCCCAGAUGAGAGCCAUGGAAACAAACUGUUGAUGAGGUUGGAGAGAGGCCCUGUCGGUGGCAUUCUGGAUUUGAGAACUGUGGGACACUGCAGAUAUUAAGGCAUGAGGAGGGAGCAGAGUGCUGGGGAGGAGUGUCGAGUUAGGCAGGAGGGAUGGGUACACUGCAUGCACCCAUGGGAGAAAUGGCAGGCCUGCAAGCCGCCCAACAACACCAAAGUCAGCCUCUGUUUCUUCUGAGGUCUACCAACUUUGAAUUCCUCCAAAGGAAGAGUUCCCUGCUACCCACAUGAUCUCCAAGUCUAGGAGUGCAGCCUGGCUCCCAAGGCUAUGAACUGAUGCCACUCUGACCCUUGAGAACCUUGUGGUGUCACCCCACCUUCCUCCCAUUCCCUCCUGCCUGCUCCAUUCCCAGUGGAAAACACUUUUCAAAUAAAAACACCAAUGACUGUAAGAACAGCCUCGUGGGGACUGUUUUACAAAUGUUCAAAAAUAAAAAGUGGGUCUCGGCUUACGUAGAACAUAGUGUUUCGGUGCUGUCCUCUGAAAACGUCCAGGGUCAGGCAUCCUUUGAGACUUCCGCUGGUGGUUUGAUUCACAAUCUGUAGAGAGUUUUUAAUCUUGUGUUAACUCGGAUCACAUCCCACUCACCCGUGGCACAGUGGGGAGCAGUGAGAGGUCUGUGCAUCUUUCCUUGGCACUGGUCCAGGAACUCAGGCUGGUCCGCCGUGUGUAACUGGGUCCUGCAGGUUCUCAGUCACUGAAAGCCACGUGGUACAAACUCGGUCUCAUGGACGGCCUGAAUACAUGAGCGCUCGAUUCCACUGGCCAGCCUGCUGCUCCCUUGCUGUGUUGUCUUUAUUUCUCUAUUUUCUGACUUAAGCCGGGUGAAUCUGGGGCCUUACACACCUCUGAAGUUUCAGUAGGUGUAUGCGUGUGCACCUCUGUGCAUACAGAUGUGUGGGUAGCAGUGCUUGUGGAGGCCGGAGAACAGCCUCAGCUGUUCUUUCUCCAGUUGGGCCUCACCUUGUUUUUUGAGACAGGGUCUCUUUGGCCUAGGAUGAUUGGCCAGUGAGUCUGUCGUCUCUGCUUUCCCAGCACAGCAAUUAAAAGUAGGCACCACCUUCCUAGCUUUUUUUUUUUAACAUUGGUUCUAGGAGCUCACACUCAGGGCUUCAUGCUUGCAAUGCAAGUGCUUUAUUGACUGAGCUCUUAUUCCAGCUCCAGCUCCAUUAGAAGCCCAUUGCUCACAUGUGAGCCUUGAGCCCUAAAAUUGUGUGGGUCCAUUUUGAGCUGUUGAGUCCCCCUGCAAACUCAGCUUGGAAGCUAACCACCUCGGGGCCCAGACCUGCUGGAUAGCUGGGAUUGUGGAUCACAGACAGUUUUCACUCAAACAGGACUUUGUUACCAACUAGUUAAAGAGCUUUCUAAUCGGGUCAGUAAAAGUCCUCUGAUAACAGGACGGAAGCUCAGUAGAAGGACAUCAGCCUGGCCAGGCUUGGGAGCCCGUUUACAUCAGCACCACUCCCUGUUGGUAUCCUUCAGAGAAGAAAGAACCUUUGCGUGUGAGAGACGGUGGGCCAAGACAGUAGCAAGGGGCUUCUAGAUAUUGAAAGGCUGGCUAGUGGACACUAGCCACUUGCCUUGUGGCGAUCUGGGCCUAUAAACCCUGUGGCUUCCUUCUACUGUUUGCCAAAUGCCCACUGUCUGGGUUGGUGUUCACUGCUGGCCGCUGAUGUCUGAAAGAUACUACCAUGUCACUGCAGGUGCUAUCCACCUGCUGUACAUCUUAGCUACCAGACUCAGUUUCUCCAGGUGCACCCUCCUGGGUGGCCCGGAAUAUCCCAACUCAUGCGCACAGACCCUUGGACAGGCUAAGAGAUGACCAUCUGGCCAUCCAUCUUUCACCGCACUCACUCCCCUCUCCCCCAGUCAAUAUGUCUCUCUCCGAUGGGAAAGUUAAUAAAUUUUGCUCUAGAUUAAAAGUAUUGAUUAUUUCAUUUGUAAACAAUAAAUAAAAAGGAGGAACUUUUCACUGCACCAGGGCUAGCGUCUGGUGUAUUUUGCUGGUGAAAUUUUGCUUGCUGUUUGGGGGGGUGGGCUUCUCAUAUGCAUUCCGACCGGCCAGCAGCAUUGAUUUCCUAUUAGUCUCCCAGCACCACCCAGUAACACAUCAUUUCAGUACCUGCUAUUAAUGGUCUUUUGAUAAAUAAUCACUUGUAAGUCAAUAAAUUUUUAUUAAACACUG